ACGGGUUAUAUUAUAAACCCCUGAUUCCUUUCUACCUGACACACCGAGAACAACCUCAGUUCCCCUUGGAUAUACUAUGAUAAUGUUUGAUAUGGCUUCCUAAACAUCUUAACUAUACUGGGCGACACUGUUUCAAUUUGUAUUUCUCGACAAACAAAAAACUUUCGCCCCGAGCUCCUAGGCAAUGCACCCUUGAUUGAGCUUGUGGGGGUGCCUGACAUACCACAGAGACAUCUUAGUCCGUGACGGCAAGGCAGCCGUGUCCCAGAUAAAACCUGAUGCGUGGCCACCGCUGUCAUUAUGUCUCAAGCAAGAUUUGAUCCCCUGGUCACGUUGUCAUAGUCGUACUUUGAGGCACUGGGAGUCGUUUUUUGACAUAAUCACCUAUUUCAACUAAAGAUGUCUCCAGAUCCAAUAAACAUCCACGGGAAGAUCCGCGAUGUGUUGGCGGAGACUGUUAGAGACGAUCUGGAACCGGGGCAGAAUUCCCUCUCUGAGAGGGACUUCCUCAGGGCUCUCCAACGCAGGGGUGUCGUGGAUGAUGUCAUGAAGGAUUUACAUUUCUUUAAGGAUGUGCCUGACAUUGAGCUGGGACUCCAGAGCACUCCAAAGCCAGCAACUCACUUUAUAGACCAGGACCUGACCAAGCUGAAAAAGACUAACAUCGACCCAGCGAGGAGGUACCUCUAUCUGCAGGUCCAGGGUGGUAAGGCCUUUCUGGAGCACCUCCAGGAGCCAGAACCCUUACCUGGUCAGGUUUGCUCCACCUUUGCCCUUUACCUGCACUUCCGGAACCAGCGCUUCCGCUCCAAGCCUGUCCCAUGUGCCUGCGAGCCAGACCUACAGGAGGGGUUCCUGCUGGAAAUGCACAGAGAGGGCCUGGGAGAUGGCAAUAAAAUGGCGGACGCCACAGCCAUGUUGUCUAUCAGUGACCCGGUGCACCUUGUGUUGAUAAAGACAGACACGUCCAGUGAGACCUCCCUGGUCUCCUCCUACUUCCUGGACUGGAGGACGGUCCUCUCUUCCCCCUCUGGAAAGACCGGUGUUGCUGUUGAGCUGCUCGGAGUUGGAAGUGAGUGUAAGGUACCAGCUGGUGUUCUCAACUUGGGUCUAGAGCUCUACCCCCCUCUAACAGAGACCCUGUCACCAGACAUCAUCACCACACAGCAAUCCAUAGAGCGCCAGAAGACUGCGGAGAAGGAGCGACUGUUUCUGGUUUACGCCAAACAGUGGUGGAGAGAGUUCCUGGAGAUCCGAGACUCCCACCGAUCCAAACUGGUCAAGAUCUUUGCUCAGGAUGAGAAUGGUGUGAACAGACCUGUGUGUUCCUAUGUCCGUGUCCUUCGCGCCGGUCGCCUCCUGGAGAGUCCACGCCAGGCGGCCCGGUUCGUCAGUCUGCUGGGCCUGGAGAGAGCCCCUGUUGUGGGGGGUGGAGGAGGAGUCAAACAGGAACAGUGGUGCUCCCUACUCGCAUUCCUUUGCAGGAGCAAGGGCGACUGUGAGGACCACGCCACCCUGCUGUGCAGUCUGCUGCUGGGGUUUGGCCUGGAUGCCUACGUGUGUGUUGGCACCAAGGCCAAGGGCGUGGCACACACCUGGGUGAUGACGAGGGGCACUGACGGCACCGUCACCUUCUGGGAGAGCCUGACCGCACACAGAUACCUCCACCAAGCCAUUGACCCAGAUGCUCCUCCCCUGGUCGCCCAGCCCCGCCCCUCCUACCCGUACCGCACCAUUGGCUGCGUGUUCAACCACAAGGCCUUCCUGGCAAACUGCCAGCCGUCGGACGCGGUGGAGCUGUGCGUGUUUGACUUCCACAACCAGUCCCUGUGGAAGGCCAUGAGUGAAGAGGCUCUGGGCUCUGUCUGCUCCCCAGGCAGCACCACUUCUCUGCCCCCACUGCCCCCGCUCUGUGGACCCUCCCUGGAGCCCAGCGCUGCCUCCAACCAGCUGGAGCUGGAGAUGAGGUAUCUGGUAGCUGAACACAGGAAGGAUCUUGGCCUGGCCACAGUGUGGGAUGACCACAUGUCCUACGUUUUGUCGUCUGCCCUGGCGGCUUAUGAGCUGGAGCGCUGCACGGGGACGUCCUGCGGCAACGAGGAGUUCCAAGACGCUGUGCGGAGGGCGGUGCCAGACGGACACACCUUCAAAGGUUUCCCCGUCCACUUCCUGCACCGCAACGCACGACGAGCCUUCGCUACCUGUCUCAGGUCCCCGUUCUGUGAUGAGAUCGUGUGUUGCCGUGGGGACCAUGUGAGGCUGGCGGUGCGAGUCCGGGUGUUUGUGUACCCCGAGAGCGCCUGUGCCGUCUGGGUGAUGUUCGCCUGCAAGUACCGCUCUGUACUGUAACCCCCGAUCGAAGCCAACGUUACCGCCACACCUACACUCUACAUGCAACAUGUUUCUUCUGUACACUUUGUUUACAUUGUGAAACUGUAUUUAUUGCUUUAUAUUUUCUAAAUAAAUUGUUACUUUUGA